AUAUAUACAUACGAUGGACGAGAUACAUGAUUAGAAGGGUGAGGGAAGGAUGAAGAAUGCCCCGCGGCGCCGGGGAAGGAGGCGAGAGGGCGAGCAGUGGUGGCGGAUUCGGAGGAUGGCUCGGAGGGGCUGCCAGAGCAAUGACGGGAGGAGCUGGAGGAGGCUACGUUGUCCUCGGUGGCACGAGAUACGGCCUCAGACUGUCCCAGGUGACGAAACCCUGCCGACAGGAGAGCAUCCCAGCGUCGAGUGGUCGGGAUCAAGAUUCGUCGCAGGAUCGUCGGAAGAAACGAAACUCGCGAGAAACGGCGGGAGAUUCGAAUUCCCGGGAGCGUUUGACAGACAAGCCGGCUGGCGGCGUUGGUGGUGACAACAAGCCGGGUUUGGACCUGGCGAGCAGCGUCGCCGAUUGCUGCUGCAUCGGGCCCCGUUCCCGGCUGCCGCUUCCCCGCGUCUCUUCCUCGUCGACGGGGGCGACGCUCGGCGUCGGGGGCGUCGGGGGCGUCGGGGGCGUCGGGGGCGGUAACAGCGGAAUUAGUAACGGGCCGCCGACGUCGCAGCGACAAGCGGAGCCACCGGCAACGGCGGGACAACUGCCGCCAAACUUGGCGGCUAAUAAUAAACAAGGAGGCGGUUUUCAGCCAGCCAGCCACGGAUCGGCCGCGACCUCACUCCCAGCCUCAGUGGUCCACUCAGUGUCGGUGCCACGACAGCUUGCCCAGUGGACCAAACACCAAACCCUCAAGUUACAGGAGCCAGCUGUGACAGCAGUGGACCGUUUGCACAGAUUCCGUUGGAGUGGGGGCGGAGGGGGGAGCGGCAAGAAGUCCUCUUCCAGCCCCCGCAGCGACAAGGCCGAGCGUCUCCGAGAGCUGACCGAAAAGCUGAAGGUCCCAGCGCCGGUACCACCACCCCGAAGGCCGUCGAGGUUGCACGCCUCUUCGCCGCCGCCGAUUGGAGGCCAUCAGCAGCAGACCCAGAAUUGCGGAAGUUUCGAGGAGCGUCCGGUGGGCCUGAGGAGUUACACGUACAGCGAGGGGAGCGGCAGCAACAACUCCUCAUCGUCGUCAGGAAAUCAGUCUAGGACCUUACCUAGGAGUGAGAGUGUCAGUGAAGAGUGUGUUAGUGCAGCUGGAGACCCGGUUCUUCAGAGCAACGGCAACGGCAACGGUAACGAGACGAGUAACGGUGCCGGUUCCGUCAGACGGAAACAGGGGAAGGGAAAACCACCCCUACGACACGAGGAGAGGAUUGACAGUGCCGUCGAUGACGGGAGGGUGCUUUCAAGUGAGGGUGGUAACAGUGACGCGAGACACUUGCGCCAGUACAGUGAUUCUGUUGUGGACAGUGCCCGAAGCCUCGCCGAGCUCUGUGAGGCCCCGCCGAACGCCGCUUCGGCUCGCGGAUCGGACCCGGAGGCCCGAGACGCCGUCACUCGCCUCGAGCCGAGGGGCCCGCUUCUCUCGUUUCACAGGAGCGGCGCCCCCUAUAGAAGCGCGUCCUUCGGCCAGGUCGACUUCAACCACGGUAGCCGACUCAGGGUUCAGCCGCAUUCGAAAUUCGAGCGGGACGAAGGCCGCGAUGUCAGGGCGAGCACCCUGCCGAGGCGUCGAGGGGAGGCGAGUCCCACCCCCGCCUCUCCGUCGCACAGUCCAAGUCGGCAAAGCCCCAGGGCCAGCACCACGAGCGUCGAUAGCGCUGUAGGAAGUGCCGAAGGCCUCGGGAACCAGGGUCAGGAGGAGGUCAGGCCCAGGAGUGACGGCUCCGACAGCCUCGCCACCUCCAGUGCCCUGACCAGCCCCGAACCCCCCGUUCCCGAGAGCCACGAGCCCCGGGUUGACCUCGUUCAGCCUGAUCUACCCGCCCUUGAGUGUCUUCCCGACAAUUCCGACGUCCUUGAAACAGCCGUCGAGGAGGUCGUUCACAGAGACUCGAAGAUCGAGCCGCACGAAGUUAUAGUGACGCCACCGCCAGAGGAGCCACGGUUGAGUCAGGCCAGUGAGGGCAGUGAGGCACCGUCGGAAACGCCCUCGGAGGCUUCAUCGCCGGGAAAGCCUCGACGGUACCGAGGCGACACGAGCAAGCGACGAAAAGGGGUCUACAUAACGCAGUGGCCGGAACCCUCGGAUGCGGACAGGAACAAACUCGCUGCCCAGAGCAGCGAGGAACGCGACGACGUCCCGGCGACGCCAAGCGACCUUUCGGACUGCGAAGGCCAAACGCCACGGAGAUACAGCAAGCGACCGCUGCGCGGACCUUACGGGCAGAUGCUCGAGGCCGAAAUGGCGAAGCCUAGGACCCCGGACAUCGGCCUGAUGGACGGGGGCCUCAGACCCAGGCGCAAGGUGUCGGCCAACCUCUCCUACAGCGCCGGCACCAACAGCGGCUCGGAACCUCCGACUCCAUGUCAUCACAGGACCACGUCUAGCCCCAGCAAACUCGAAGGACUUCCUGGACCCAGUCCUGAAUUGCUCGCCGAGCUGCUGAGGGGCUCGUCUGAACGGGUUGCUCGCGCACCGACGACUCAUCGAAAUGAUACCAGAACCCACGUCGUUGUCGAACUCUACGAUACGGAAAGAUCCUACGUCGAGGCUCUUCAGAUACUAGUCAACAAAUAUCUCCAGCCUCUGAAAAGCCCCGAAAAUAGUGGCCUCGUAGAUUCUGCCACUGUUGACGAAAUAUUUUACCAGGUUCCAGCGAUACUGAGUCACCACGAAAUAUUUCUCGAAGAGUUAAGGAAACGAUUGGAAUCAUGGGAACUACGACAGACCAUAGGCGACGUGUUUCUAGACGUGUUCACAAAGCCCGACGUCUUAGAGACGUAUACGCUUUUUUUAGACAAUUGGAAAUCAGCGAAAAAGGCAAUAAAGACAACGUGCCAAGCGAAACCAGCAUUUGCAAGAUUUCUCGAGACGAUGGAAAGAGAGCACAAGGGUAAGCUCGGUCUGGACCAGCUGCUCAUUAAACCGGUGCAAAAAAUUCCGCGAUACGAAUUGCUCAUUCAGAGGCUGCUCAAGCACACUGACCAAAAUCAUCCCGAUCACGAGCUGCUGACCGCUGCUCAAAAAGAGGUUCACGAAUUAGUCGUUAAGAUAAAUUGCACCGAGAGGGAGUCUCUCGAGUGGGAACAGCAGCAGACGACUCUUAGAGAAGUCCAAGCUCUCGUCGAAGGACUAGCAGGGAUCGUUACGAACGACAGAGCAUUUAUUCGACACGAUUUAGUGACGAUAGCGUCGAACCAAGGAACUAGAAAAGAGAGAGCCUUGUUUUUAUUUUCUGACCUGUUGGUGAUAACGAGCAUAAAGCGACGGAGUGGCACGAUUAGAAAACCCUCAACGAGUUCCUGUCCCAACAGUUUAGUCGGUCUCCUCGAGGCGAACAAGUACAAAAUGCUGAUGAGGAUAGCGCUCGACGAUCUCGAGGUGAUGAAAGCGAAAGACGAAAAUCUCCGGCGAAUGGCGAGGGAGGUUGAUCACUUAAGAGAGGAUUGCUCUACGUUGACUCAGCUGACGGAAUUGGCGGCUAAUUUGCACGGUACGAAGCAGCAGUUGGAAGAAGUGAUAAAGGAUCUCCUCAGUCAAACUCAGCGACAAUUGGCCGAGAGGAACGCAGCACAUUCGCAGCUCGCUUGCUUGGAGCUGACUCUGAACACUCAAGCUGGGAUCGAGAAUAUAUCGGUGAUGUUCACCAAACCAGACAAGCGGGCGAGUUGGGAAGAGAGUUUCAACGAAGCGAAACAAAAACUGGCUUUAUCCGCGGACAGAAGACCUUGUCCAGAAUUUGUGGGCCCGUUGCCUAUCAGAAAAACUCGCGCCGGUCUUCAGUUCACUUGCGCAGCCCCGACACUGGCCAAUGGCCAAGGGCCCCGGGACGUCUGGGUCUGCAACAGCGACGGAUACGUUGGCCAAGUAUGCGUCUUAAGCCUGACGCCGGAACCACCCCAAGUGACUUCCUGCAACGGGGUUUGCAACGCGAGAAUUCUCUGCGUCGCUGGUAUCCCUGCCUGCACUCAGGGAUCGAACCUCUGCGUACCAAACAACAAUCCAUUCGUGAGCAGUAAAAGCGGCAUCAGCAUUUCAGUUCAAGACGCAGAUGCAACGGGUGGAAACAUUCAAUUGGACAGUAGUUCAAGUUCCGAUGACUCGGAUUCUGAUGACAUUCCAUGCGCUGAUGCCGGGAGCUCUUCAAUGGCUGGUGACGUUUCGAGUAUGGAAGGGGUUGGCAUGGAGGAGGAUCUUAACCAGCCCACAAUGUGGCUGGGAACCGAGGACGGCUGCAUCCACGUCUACAACUGCAGUGACAAUAUUAGGAUAAAGAAGAAUAAAGUCAAGAUCCAGCAUGGCAGCAGCGUGCACUGUAUUAUAUAUUUAGAUAACAAGGUAUUCGUGUCCCUGGCUAACGGAGACAUCACUGUCUACUCGAGAGAUCAUCUGGGCGGAUGGAUAACCAGCGAUCCGACAACCAUUUCGGUCGGAACUGUCGCCUCACCGGUUACGAAGAUGCUUCCCGUCGCCGGCAAGCUCUGGUGCGGAUGUCACAACACCAUCAAAAUCCUCAACACCCAUCCCCUGGACAUCGAGCACACUUUCGCAGCCAGCAACGACACAAGUCGACCCGUUUCCUGCAUGGCGAGCUACGGUGGUCCUGGAGUCUGGAUUUCCCUUCACAACAGCGCCGUCUUGAGGCUCUUUCAUGCUGGGACUUACGAGUGCUUGACAGACAUCAACAUCGCACCUGCGGUUACAAAAAUGCUUGCCACAGGUUGCGAUGACAUUAUAAGACAGCACAAAGCGGCCUGCUUGAGAGUUACCGCGCUUUUGGCCUGCAACGAAUUGCUAUGGAUCGGAACCAGUGCAGGGGUCCUACUUACGGUCCCCAUUCCCCACAUCAAGUCGUCAACACAGAGGAUGUCGCAGCCACCGACGGUUACAGGAAUUCCUCACGGACACACGGGGCACGUAAGGUUUUUGACGUGUGUUGAAACAACUUCACCCGUGAAGCCGGAUCCCCGACCAAAAAUGGACAGGUACUCGUUAAAGUCAUCGAAGGUCCAGCAGACCAACAUAAACUUAGGAAAAUUGUUGGUCAUAUCGGGAGGCGACGGUUACGAAGACUUUAGAGGACCUCAAGCUUCGGCGGAGCUUCAGGCCGGCCGCGAGGAUUCAACGAAUCAUUUACUCCUGUGGAAAGUAUGAUCCAAACUUAAUAAACGGCCACUGAACUGGCCAGUAGGUGAUGACUGCAGAUGAACGAGCUGAGGGAACGCGAUACGGAAGGGGAAGAAAGAAGGAAAGAAAAAGGAAACGAGGACCUAUUCGAGCGAUUCGGCACUGCCCGGAUGAAUUUUGUCCCGAUCAGCUGAAGAAACGGUCAAAAGGUCUGGAUAUCGAGGAGUUUAUAAGCCACUGAUGAAACGAAGACUGCGAGGAUAAGGAGCACGAAGGAAUUUUUUCGCGGGAGAUUCGAACGAGGAAAUAUAUUGUUGAUGAAAGAUAUUAUUCUGUAUUAACGCAGGAUCAGAGAUGAAAGAUGCAGGAUGCAG